AUGGAGUAUACAACUUCUCGACCGGUCCUCCCUUCUUGCCGGGACCUAUUGAAUAUCGCCCGCCCCUCUUCUGUUCGCUCUUCAUAUCAACCGUACACCAUUUUCCCCGAGGCAUUCCUUCCUCAGUUAUCGCAGCCACAAAACGAUUCAUAUGCUCUGCCCAACGAAUUGCGUGGCAAUUCGUUGGGACAAUGUUCUGUCGAGAGCAAUACGCACCCGUCUGCGACUUUCUGGACUACAUCUCUCGGCCAGCAGGAGUCCUCAGACUAUGAAAACAUCCGCGAUUGGGAAGCCCCUAGCACUUUACCAAGCAUAGAUGCCAUUCCUUUGUCAAAUAGAGCUACCACCUUUUCUAUCCACUCCCUACUCAACCAACCCAAUCCGGAAAUUCCUUUGCUAGGUCUAGAUACCACACAACAGCAACAGAUUCUUUCACAACAGCGGGGGUCCAUGGAGGAUGGUUCACGUCACUCUUGGUGCCUUCCACUCAGCAGCCCAGUGAACGCCUCGUCGGUCGAUCCCAUCGAAGUCGAGGGCUCGCACAACGGUCUGCAGCCUCCUCAAUGCGAUGAAGCCAUAACUCUGGAUUUUGAUGCUAGCCACAAUACAACACUGCUGCAAAUGGCGGAGCGGUGUAUCGGUCAAAGGAAAUGUGGUACUACACAGAGAAGAAUGAUACCAUCCCAAGAAUACAAUGAUAACGAUCUUUCCUUGACGCGCAGCAUCCGUUCAGAUAUUCCUUUACGACGUUGGCACCAAUCACGCCAAAUUCUUCCAAUUCAGGCCGCCAUUCCCGACCCUACUCUGCCAUACGGUACCUCGCAGUCGUCCUCGCCAAACCCACCAUAUAGUAAUUCACCACGGCACCCUCGACCCAGGAAGAUAUCGCGUGUAGAAGGGGCAUGUGAGAAAUGUAGACGCAAAAAGAUGAAGUGUACUCAUCACCAAAGUGCGGAUAAGAUCGAAACCAUUCCUUCAUUAAGUCUAGCUGCUUCGUCACCGGUCAAGUCAGCAAUGAAUACACAACAUGCCGGUUUUCAAGGUACACAACUGGAGAAACGCCCCUGUACUACGCCAGCAGACAGUACAAGUAAAAAAAGACCUCGUCAAACGCAUGUUACAGCAGAGGAAGUCUUACGCCUUAUUUCUGAAGGCCGCCCGAAACUAGACGAAUAUAUCAAUUCCCGUCAGCUUCGAGGGGUUAAAAAGUUUCCUAUCAAGAGUUACAAGAAACUCACGGAUUUUGGAGAGGCAGAAAACAGUGGUCUGGAUUUAUUAGUCGGUUAUACAUUAGAAUUACGAUACCUGAUGGAACAAUAUCACAACGAAUAUCUGCCUAUGAUCUUCAAGUGUCCGGUGGCGGACAUCCCUGAAGAACUCCCUCUGGGACAGGGCAGGCUUUCAACAUUUAGGACUUGGCUUCACCUCCCCGAAAAUUUUUACGCGAAACUUCAGAUUGGCGAAUCAUGCUGGCAGAUGGAGAAGAGGACACAAAACCCCGGGAUAUGGAUAUUGAUUGUACCCGCCAUACUUAAAUUAUGUCGCAUGCACAAACAUACAUUUAAUGAAUUAAGCACAUAUAAGUUCAUUAUUGAAACCUCCAGCAAGUAUAAUGAAUUUGCGAAGGGUGGGGUACAGAUACGUCGAGACAAGUGGAAGAAGGAAAUGCGGAAAAUAUGA